GUUUCCUGGCUGUGUGUGAAGCUCCAUGUGUAGCACUGUGUACUGAGUGUGUCAUACGUCAUAAAUAUGCACAAGGAUGGCAUCUCCUGGUAACGUUCCUUACCGUACAACCGGCUCUACUUUGCUUCAUCCGAUUAGCGAGCUGCUACAUAUCUCUCUGGACCAGGUGAAUUUUGUGGUAUGUCAGUUUCUUGCACUAGCUGCUGCAGUAUGGUUCCGUAUUUACCUAAGGCCCAGUCAUGCGUAUGCUAUUGUUCGACAUGCAUUUGCCACAAUUCUUGGUGUCUACUUUGCAGUGUUUUGCUUUGGCUGGUAUUCGCUGCAUAUAUUCACAUUGGUCCUUUUGUGCUACUUCAUCAUGAUCACUGCAGACAUUGGAAAUGUACACAGGUACUCGUUUGUAACAGCAAUGGGCUACCUCACAUUGUGCCAGAUUAACAGAGUGUAUAUAUUUAAUUAUGGCAUACUCUCCACUGAUUUUUCUGGGCCAUUGAUGAUUGUUACUCAGAAGAUCACAACCUUGGCAUUCCAACUGCAUGAUGGAAUCGGCCGGAAGGCUGAAGAUCUUACCACUGACCAGCUCCAACAUUGUGUAAAGAGAAGACCAUCACUUUUGGAGUAUCUGAGUUACCACCUUAAUUUUAUGAGUAUUCUUGCUGGACCAUGUAGUAAUUUUCAGGACUACAUUGCCUUCAUUGAAGGGAGGCAUAUACAGUCAAAACUCCUUGAUAUUCGCUCAAAUAGGAAUGGAUACCAUAAACUUCCAGACCCAUCUCCAAAUGAAGCUGUAUUACGGAAGCUGUGCAUCAUAGUGAUGUGCCUUAUUCUUUUUUUCACUUUUACCAAAGCUUUCCCUGUUUCAUAUGUGAUUGAUAAUAAUUUUAUUAAUGAGACAUCUGUUUUGACAAGAAUGAUUUACCUCUACAUUGCGAUACAAGCUUGCAAGCCAAAGUAUUACUUUGCAUGGAUUUUGGCUGAUGCAAUUAACAAUGCUGCUGGCUAUGGCUUUAACGGAGUUGAUGAAAAUGGUCACUUUCGUUGGGAUCUGAUAUCUACUCUCAACAUCUGGAACAUUGAGACCUCUACAAGUUUUAAAAUGUACAUAGACAACUGGAAUAUUCAAACUGCUGUCUGGUUAAAGAGGGUUUGCUAUGACAGGGCUCCAAAAUAUGGAACAGGUUUAACGUUUCUCUUGUCAGCUCUGUGGCAUGGUGUUUAUCCUGGAUAUUACUUUACAUUUGUUACAGGUAUUCCUGUAAUGCUGGCCUCAAGAGUGAUGAGAAACAAUUUUCGACAGUACUUCCUUUGCUCAAAGGCCUGGAAAGUUUUCUAUGACAUAGUCACAUGGAUUGUGACCCAGUUAGCUGUUUGCUACACUGUAGUCCCCUUCUGUUUGCUUGCACUGGAACCUUCUUUUAAAUUUUACAAGUCAACAUACUUCUGCUUCCAUAUUGUUUGCAUUUUUGUACUCGUGCUUCUACCCAGAAAACCAUCAAACGUCAAUAAGAGACAGUCAUCCAAACACACUUUUCAGUACUCGGCAGAUCAUCUGAAGGAGCAGCAAUAUUUAGUAGAGAAAAUAAAGUAUCACAACACAUGAAAUAUAGAGACAAAAAAAAUGUUACUGAAAUAUGAAGAAUGACUUGCCAGGUAGCUGCGUACCAAAGAAGGUGCUGGACACAGAAUCAAGUCACUAAAUUUUAUAUAAAAAUAAAUAAAUGAUUGUUAUUGUUUUUGUGGAAUAUAUUUUAGCAUAACAAUUUUAUAUGUUGAACAUUUUGCUUUUUAUAUGUAUAUUUAAAUGUAUGAAUGUUUUUUGUAGAGCAGAAUACCCCAGUUGAUUGGUGCUCAAUUUGUGUAAUCCAAGGUCAUAUGUGGAUUAACCUUCAGAGAUUCAAGUACUUGCAAUCAAUUUGAUCCCUUUAAGUAUAAAGUGUAUUAAAGUGAGAUAUUCUGAUCUUAUACAGUACACCGUCCUUAUAUUUAUUUUAUAGUGUUAAAUCUCUGAUUGCUGAUUUAUACACAGGCGUUCACUUAAAGCAAAUCAAUGAAACAAUCUGUUCACAGUUAAAUUAUUUACUCAGUUCUAUCACCUGUAGACAUGUUUAUGUGCUCCUGCAGAAAUGUUUCUAUGACAGUAAAAGUAGAAUUGCUAAACUGACAUUUAAGUCUCUUACAGUUGCUAGUAACAGGUGCCUCAUUUGUUUACAAAGCAUAUCAAUUGUCAGCCAUCAUCAGACAUUCUGUUCUCUGUAGCAGUGAUUAGGCGCUGGAUUCCUCAGGGUCGCAUGCUGAGCUCCCAGGGUUCACCUGUACCUUUUUGUCUGAAGCAGAAAAGCACUAUUUAUAAACCCAGAAAGCAGACAUCUUUGGAUUGACAUCACAAAACUCAUGCACUUUCCAUGCCCUUGUCCAUUUAGUAUAUAGUCUUCCAUGUACACUAUGAUUUUAAGCAUUUUUCCUAUGGAUUUAGUCUAACAUUUAAAAGUACUGUAAGGCCUGUUUGUAGAAUUAGUGGUAACUAAUGCUGUAGUUACACAAAAUACCUGCAAUCCAUGUCCACUCAGAACCUAUUUCAUUUCUUCCAUUCACUCUGUGGGCCAAAUGCAGAGUUAAAUAUAAUGUUAAUGGGGCAGUAUAAUGUAAAAUUCCUUUUCCCUUUAUGUGUUUUCAUUGACUUGUUAUACCAGCAACAGAGUGAAAUUGCUACGUUUUGUUUAUUUUUGUAUAGGAAAAAAAACAUAAAAAUGGGUAGAACUUGCAGAGAAAUCAGAUCUCCUUAUUUUAUCACUUUCUAUACACACAAAUGCUUUCUUAUCUGAUCUCUGUUUCUAUACAAAAUCACAAGACUUAGAGAGAACAAUUGGAAAGUAACAUUUUAUUAUUUUAUCUCUCCUACCUCCCACUGGGAGUGUAAUUUCUUAUGCUGGCUACUGUUACACUACUUUUUUACCGCAUGACAAAAUCGGCUAUUUCAAAUGCAGAUAUAAAGGUAAAUGAGACAUUUGUAAACUAUUUAAUACACUCCGGCAGGUAAAAUGGAAACAAAUUAAAUUGGAGAGAUUUGGGGUAAACUGUCCCUUUAAGGUCUUUCUUGGAUUUAGCCCUGUUAUACGUUGCCCUCAAAAUGAUACUGGUUACAUAUCUGCCAUCUCCGUGUGUGUGUGUGUGGGGGAACGGGAGUCUCGGUGUCUAAAAUAUUAAUAGUAGUAGUUAAUGUUUUCUUUGCUACCUGAAAAAAAACAUGCAACAUUUUGUAAUGUGUUUGAAUAAACCUUGUUUUGUGUGGGAUACCUUUUCUGUUACUGUAUUACUGGGUAGGCACAAUUAAAAUUGUACACUUUUUUUGUAAA